AUGAGAAACCAUUCAGCAAUAACAACGUUCAUCAUCCUGGGGUUGACAAGUGACCCACAGCUAGAGAUUCUGGCUUUUGUCUUUCUGUUUAUCACAUAUGUGUUGAGUGUGAUGGGGAACCUGACCAUCAUUGUUCUCGUCUUCGUGGAUGCGCAUUUAAAAACCGCUAUGUACUUCUUUCUGCAAAAUUUCUCUUUCUUGGAAGUCUCAUUCACUAGUGCCUGUGUCCCUGUCUACCUGUACAUGAUAGCAAGUGGGGACAAGACCAUGACCAUCAAAGCCUGCUUUACCCAGAUCUUUUUUAUUGUUCUGUUUGGAGCCACAGAGUUUUUCCUGUUGGCCGUGAUGUCAUAUGACCGCUACGUGGCCAUCUGCAAGCCCCUGCAUUAUGUGACCAUCAUGAACAGCAGAGUCUGCAGGAUUCUCAUAGUCUGCUGCUGGGUGUGUGGCUUCCUGAUUAUCCUCCCACCCCUCAGCCUGUCCCUCCAUCUGGAAUUCUGUGACUCUGUUAUUGACCAUUUUGUCUGUGAUGCUUCCCCACUACUGAAGAAUUCCUGUUCAGACACCUGGUACAUAGAGCAGCUGGUUAUAGUCUGUGCUGUGUUGACAUUCAUAAUGACCCUGGUGUGUGUGGUUCUGUCCUAUGUGUACAUCUUUGGGAUGAUCCUGAGGUUGCCUUCAGUGCAGCAAAGGAAAAAAGCCUUUUCUACCUGUUCUUCCCACAUGAUCGUGGUCUCCAUCUCGUAUGGCAGCUGCAUUUUUAUGUAUAUCAAACCCUCAGCUAAGGAUGAAGUGGCCAUUAAUAAGGCAGUUUCUCUGCUUACUACAUCUGUUGCUCCCUUAAUGAAUCCUUUCGUUUAUUCCCUGAGAAAUAAACAAGUAAAGCAGUCUUUCCAUGACACCCUCAAGAGACUUGCAUUUCAUUCCAAGAAGUAG